GAUUUUUGAUUUUUGAUUUUCUCUGUUUUUGCCUCUCUUUCCAGUUUCCAACCAAACAAGUGUUUGUUCUGACCUUCAAUUUCGCAAAUUUUAAAAUUCAGAAAACAGGAUUUUGGAUCAAUCUGCAUUCUGCAACAUUUUCAUCCCUCUUUAAUCCCAAUCGGAUUUGGUUUUUAAUUUUCCUUUUCGAGUUUUGCCCUUUCAAUUCGCAAGCAAGUUCUCUAUUUUUCUGCAAGCAUUUUAGUUUUUUUAGGGGGUGUGUGUGAUAAGUCGACAAGAUGGUGUUUGAGAAUUGUGUUGUUCUUUAAGGCGGAAAAUUUUUGUAUGGUAUGGAAAGUGGGCCUGCUAAUUCUAAAGAUUCAUCGCCUGUACCCUUUGUUAUGGAAUGCCGAUUUCGCUUGCAAUCGGCAUUCGAUUCUUUUUGCAUUGCAUCCGAAGCGUUUUCUGAGCAUCGUCGUUGCCGAAUUCCAAUCUGGGUUCACCAACGGCGAUUGCUCUGAUUUCUUAGACUAACAAUUUGACUCCUGGAAGUUUUGUCAUUUUUUCUCGUCUUUCUUUUCCCCCUUUUUUUCUUUAAAUCCUUCUCUUUCUGGUAGCGACAUCCCUUUUCUAGCAAACAUGAACGCGUAGCUGACCGAAAAUUAGUGGGUUAUUUGGAAGUAUGGAAUCUCCUGAUACGUUCGUGGAGAAAGAUCCAACUGGUCGAUACGUUCGGUACGAUGAAAUCUUGGGAAGAGGCGCUUUCAAGGCAGUUUACAAGGCAUUUGAUGAAGUUGAUGGAAUUGAAGUUGCCUGGAACCAAGUAAGGAUUGAUGGUUUCUUGCAGUCACCUGAGGAUUUGGAAAAGUUGUACUCCGAAGUACAUCUACUGAAAUCAUUAAAACAUGAGAAUAUUAUCAAGUUCUACAAUUCUUGGGUGGAUGAUAAGAAUAAAACAGUCAACAUGAUCACUGAGCUCUUCACAUCUGGGAGUUUGAGGCAAUACCGUAAAAAGCAUAAACAUGUUGAUAUGAAGGCCAUAAAGAAUUGGGCACGACAGGUUCUCCGUGGUUUGGUGUAUCUUCACAGUCACGAUCCUCCUAUUGUUCACAGAGAUUUGAAAGGGGAUAAUAUUUUUAUUAAUGGAAAUCAUGGAGAAGUCAAAAUUGGAGAUCUUGGAUUGGCAAUUGUCAUGCAGCAGCCGACCGCUCGAAGUGUCAUUGGAACUCCUGAGUUUAUGGCUCCUGAGCUUUAUGAAGAGGAGUACAAUGAGCUUGUUGAUGUAUAUUCUUUUGGUAUGUGCAUGCUGGAGAUGGUUGCCUUUGAGUACCCAUAUAGUGAAUGUAAAAAUCCAGCUCAGAUCUAUAAGAAAGUUACAUCUGGUAUUAAACCUUCUUCCCUUGCUAAGGUAACUGAUCCACAGACUAUGGAGUUUAUCAAUAAAUGUCUGGUUCCAGCGACUGAGAGACUGUCUGCAACAGAGCUUCUUAAAGAUCCCUUUCUUCGAGUUGAGAACCCAAAGGAGUCGACACGUGAUCCCCUACAGUUGCCUAACCUCAUUCCGAGAUCAAUAAAUUUGAUGAAGAGUGAGCCUAUUUCCAUGGACAUAGACAUUGACCACAGACAAAAUUCGUUAAGCACUUGUGCAGGAAGCAGUGGUGAGAGUCCACGCCUUCCAGUCAUGGAAUUCCAAACAAAGAAUAAGAACCAUGAGUUCAGAUUACGUGGAAAUAAGAACGACGACAACUCGGUGGCGUUAACCUUGCGUAUUGCAGACUCAAAUGGUCGAGUGAAGAAUAUUCAUUUUACCUUUUAUCUCGAUUCUGAUACUGCACUAUCAGUGGCAGCUGAAAUGGCUGAACAAUUGGAGUUAGUAACUCAUGAUGUGGAUUUCAUAGCAGAAUUUAUAGACUUUGUAAUCACAAAACUUAUACCUGGUUGGAAGCCUUUGUCUGAUUAUUCCUCAAGUGAAGCAAUAAGUCUUUGUGGCGGCCCCUAUAUACUUACAAACACCAAAUCAUCUGUCCCAUCUACAUGUAAUUCAGUUUUAAGUGGGGUUCUAGAUGGGUUGGUCGAACAAGACGUUUCAUCUGGGUUAGUGAGUACUCAAAAGGACUGUCUGCAAUCUGAGGAAGAAGGCUGGACUGAUGGCUUUCCCGAUAGUCAUAUUUUCAAUACUGGUGGUUGCCCUUCUCCCAGUUUGGGUAAUUUUGAGGACAUCCCGGAUUCACAAGCUUCAUUUGCAUCAGAGACAUUGGUUGAAGAUAGUUCUACCACAAUCGGUAAGGUGAUAGAUUGUUCCAAUAUUGAUGGAAGCUCAAAAGGCUCGAGUUGGUCGAUUGCCGAUCUAGAGCUCCAUGGUUCAUCAUAUGUUGAUGACAAGUUGCAAAUAAAUGGUAGUGAUGUUGGAAUUUUCACUCCCAUGGACUAUUUUGUUAAGAAUUCAGUCAUGUCAUUGCCUCUUCCAAGUGGAGUUUCUACUAAUGUGAUGAGCUUGACGAGCAGCUGUUCUUCGCUUUCCUUAGCGGACAAGGAUCUGGAAGCUGAGUUCAAGUUGGAACUGAAUGCUGUAGAGAUGUAUUAUCAGCAGCUGUUCGAAGAGGUUUCUCGGAUGAGGGAGGAAGCACUAGAGGCCACCAGAAAGAGAUGGAUUGAAAAGAAACUUAUUCAUUAAUUGAGUGCACGUAUAAUACCACCACCAUUUUUUUUCCUGUUGGUUUUUUUCUUUUUUUCUUUUUUUGUUUUGUGACUCCCUCUUGAAGAACAUCAGAGGGACGACCUGAUAAUGUAAAACUUGAAUCUCUGUGCUCGGCGCGUCUCGUUUUCUAAGAAGUCGCUGUCCGAAAAGUGGAUUCUUUUUGUACUUCAGGAGUUGAAUUUGCUGUCAAAAUGGAUAUGAUUUUCGCUGA